CAGUCGCUGGCAGUCGGGUGGGGAGCACCUGUGUGCCCCUCGGACCUGACCCUUUCAGCACUCUGCUCCCGCUCCAGCCUACCUCGCUCUUCGGCACCAUGACCACCACCACCACCUUCAAGGGAGUCGAUCCCAACAGCAGGAAUAGCUCCCGGGUUUUGGGGCCUCCAGGCGGUGGAUCCAAUUUUUCAUUAGGCUUUGAUGAACCAGCAGAACAGCCUGUGAGGAGACACAAAAUGGCGUCUAGCAUCUUUGGGACACCUGAGGAAAAUCCUCCUUCAUGGGCCAAGUCAGCAGGUGCCAACUCUAGUGGUGGCAGAGAAGAUUCUGAGUCAUCUGGACCCCAGAGAAGGAACUCUUCUGAAGCAAAUGCUGGAGACUUCUUAGAUCUGAAGGUGACAUUCAUGAAAACGUGGACACAGACUUGCAGGCCAGCCUGGGGCAGAGUGAGGAGAAGCCCGUGCCCGCUGCCCCUGUGCCCAGCCCAGUGGCUCCAGCCCCGGUGCCAUCCUGAAGAAACCCCCCUGGUGGCAAGUCCAGCCUCGUCCUGGGUUAGCUCCGAUUCUCUUGAACUCUGUCGUUUUGUUUGUUUGUUUUCUCCAUGCUUGUGAACUGCACAACUUGAGCCUGAUUGUACAACUUUUGGAUUUGUUUCA